AUGGCUCUCUCAACAUAUGCGAUUCUUGGAGCGACCGGUCAUUGCGGAAAGGCAAUGAUUGAGGUCAUUCUCCAGGAUCCAGACACCCGCAUCCACGCCUACUGCCGAAACAAGCCCAAACUCCUGAAAGCGCUGCCGCACCUUGCCGACCACCGGCAAGUAGAGAUCUUUGAAGGAAGUAUCCAAGAUGUCGACUUGCUUGCACGAUGUAUGAAGGGGACCAAGGCGGUUGUCCAUGCCGUCAGCACCAAUACCAAUGUGCCCAAAUACACCGUCGGCUUCGAGACUGCACAGAGCAUCAUCGCUGCCCUGGAGAAGCUAAAGGCCGACGAUCCAAACACAAGACUCCCGAAGCUGCUGCUACUGUCGUCGGCCAUGACAGACAAACAAUUAUCGCAAAACAUCAACAAGAUAUUCGGACACAUCAUGCACACGGCCGCCUCGUACGUAUACGACGACCUCGACAAAACCGAAGCCUACCUCCGCAAGCACGAAGACUUGGUUACAACCAUCUACAUCAAGCCUGGCGGCUUGUCGGUCGACAUCCAAAGGGGCCACAAGAUCUCCCUGACGGAACAGGAGACCUUCGUUUCGUACCUCGACCUCGCGGCCGCCAUGAAAGAGGCAGCCGACGAUCCUGAUGGACGAUACGAUGGAAAGGCUGUGAGCGUCGUGAAUGCAAACACCCCCGCGAGGUUUCCGCCCGGGACCUUUUGGUGCAUUGUCACUGGACUCAUUCGUCAUUUCCUCCCAUUCACGCACCCGUAUCUGCCGACCCCUGGGCCAGAGUGA